CCUCUUCGCCCUCUCCCACUGGGACCACACAGGCCUGCCCGCCUCCCUCGUCAGCUCAGCGCACACCCGCAUGCAACCCGCGCUCGCGCUCGCGACGCAGUGGCUCACGCACGCCAGCCUGCGCGGGUGGUGGAUCCACGCACUAUACGGGCGGUACAGCAUCGAUUCCAGCACGGGACGGCGCACGCUCGCCCCCGACGAGUCUCGGGAAGCGGAUCUCGACACCGCGGCGAGGGAUCUCGAGGAUGCGUUUGCAAGGCUGGCGGGGGUGGUGCGGUUUUACUGGGCGCCGGUGGAGAGCGGCGAUGCGGUGACGAGCGUUAAUAAGUGGUGGGCGCUUGGGCGGAUGGCUGGUAGUAACGACGACGACGACGAAGGCGGUGGAGGUGAUGGCGAGGCGUGGAUAGCGGCUGCAGAGCGCGCACCCGUCGCGCCGGUAAUCGGUGUCCCGACGCUGUUCUUGUACCACCUGCUCUCGCCGCGCGGAGCGUGCUUAGCGGGCGGCGCAUGCAGCGAGCUGCGGCUGCAAUUCCACAUCGCGAAGAUUCUCGUGCACGAGGUAGCGCACGCUUUCUUCCUCAUGCUGCACGGAGACGUGCCAGAGCCGUACUUUUCCCCGGGCGACUACAUGCCCGAGGCGGGCUACUCGUGGCAGGAAUACGUCUUCGGCGGAGACGUGUCAUGUUUCCCGCUGAAGCGGAGCUGCGUCGGCGCGCUGCUCGCCGCCGAGUGCGUCGAGAUGCAUGCGUUCCCCGGCAUCGGGGUGCCGGUGGACAUGGGCUGGGUGGAGCGCUGGUUUCUGGCGGCGACGUGGGAGAGUGUCAGGAGCAGUGAUAUCGAGGAGCUUCGACCCCUUUUCGCGGGAAUGCUGGGGAGGAAGUAUGCCGGGCUGAUAUAUGCGGAUCGGUAUAUUGGCGAGAAUAGGCAGUGGGCGCGCGUGCUGUAUCGCGGCGGCGAGCCGGUUGCGGUGCGCGGGCUGGUGCUACCUGGAGCACCGUUGCCGCUGAGGGAGGGGGGCAUGAAGGUGAGGAAGUGGCUGAAGAGGAUACCGCCAGGGGACACGGUGGCACAGUGGUGGAAGAGGGUUUCGGAUGCGGAUGUUGGGAGGGCUGUGGCGGAUGGGUUUGCGGCAGAGAAUUUUGUGAGGGGGAGGAGUAGAUUGUAUCGCGGGUUGUGUUAUGAUGGCGAGGGAGAGAUGGGGGCUGUAAAGGUGAUUCGGCGUGUCCAUGUAGGAGGGAUAACUGGGGGGGCGGAAGGAUGAAGGGUAGGGAAGACUGGCCUGCCUAUAACAAGACUGGACGUUCGUGGCUGACACGAUUGUUCUGAGGAGUGCGCCCGUGAAGCCUCAGGUUCGGCAGUCGGUGCCCAACGAGAGUUUGUGCCCGUCCCAAGUCGCUCCCAAGGUUGAGAUCGUUCUCAAAGCUGGAAUCGUUCCCAAGGUUGAAAUCCCACGCCCAACAAACGGAUUUUCCUCUUCUCUCCCCUUUCUUUCCAUUCUUCUCUCUCUCCUCGGCUCGUAACCCGGGUAUAAACUUCUCCAUCUCCCACCACGCUGCUCUGCUCCAUCUUCAUCGCCCCUUCUCUGCUCCUG